ACUUACUAUUUUACUAUACUAAUAAUAUAUUGAUUAAUCGCCGGUGAGAUUCCGGCACCGGUGAGUCACAGUCCAAUCAUCACCGGCGAUGAUGAUGAUGGAUCCGGCGAACUCGACACUUGGCAAAAUGUUAUUGGACGAGAUCACACCUGUAGUUAUGGUCCUUCGUACACCUCUAGUUGAAGAAUGUUCAAAGAAGAAUAAUGAACUCUCAUUCAUUCAAUUGCUUUCUCCUUUCUGUAAUUUCAACAAUAUCGAUGUGCCAGUUAGAACUGCAAGUGAUCAACCUUACAGGGUGAAGAAGUUCAAAUUGAGGUUGUUUUACGCUGAAGAUAUUCGGCAGCCCAAUAUUGAGGUUGCAAAGGAGCGGUUAAACCAAGUUAUAACUGAUGCUGGAGAGAAAGAUCUUUCUAAAUUAUGUUCAGAACCUCUGCAAAUUGAGACUGUGCUCAACUCUUCUCAAAACGAGUUCCUACCAUCAUGGUUCCAAUAUUUCAACAAAGAGCUAGUACGUACAGUCUCCUUUUCAGAACAUGAAGCUUUUGACCAUCCUGUGACAUGUCUUUUGGCUGUUUCUUCGCGGGAUGAAGAUCCUAUCAACAAAUUUGUUGACCUAUUUAACAUCAAUCAGUUGCCUUCCCUAUUCAAUGAUGGUGUGAUGGAUCCGAAAAUUCUAAAGCAUUUUGUAUUGGUACACGAUGGUGAGGAAGUUUCAUUAGAAAGAGCAACCAAAACCUUGGCAGAGAUGAGGAGCACUUUUGGGGCUAAUUGUUGCCAUUUGCUGUGUAUUAACUCCUCUAAGGAUGGGUCAGAAGAACAUGAAAACCUAUGGGCUGCUUAUAAAACUGAUAUUUCACAUGGCCAGCAGCUACGUUGCUUCCUUAGCUCAGAUGACUUGGAUGAGAUGAAAAAAUUCGUACAAGAUCUAUCUUCUAAACAUAUCAUUCCUCAUAUGGAGCAAAAAAUCCGUCUUCUUAAUCAGCAGGUUUCUGCAACACGAAAAGGUUUUAGAAACCAAAUAAAAAACUUGUGGUGGAGAAAGGGGAAAGACGAUGCACCAGAAAACCCAGCUGGUCCAACGUAUACUUUCAGCUCUAAUGAAUCGCAAAUAAGAGUUUUGGGUGAUUAUGCCUUCAUGUUACAUGAUUAUGAGCUUGCAUUGUCUAACUAUCGUCUACUUUCUACCGACUACAAGCUCGACAAAGCAUGGAAACACUAUGCUGGUGUUCAGGAAAUGAUGGGACUGACCUACUUCAUGUUGGAUCAGUCGAGAAAGGAUGGUGAAUAUUGCAUGGAGAAUGCAUUUACUACAUAUUUAAAAAUUGGAUCAUCAGGUCAGAGAAAUGCUACACGUUGUGGUCUUUGGUGGGUAGAAAUGUUGAAGGCCAGAGAUCAGUAUAAGGAGGCUGCCAGUGUAUACUUCCGUAUCUCUGGUGAGGAACCCCUCCAUUCAGCAGUAAUGCUCGAGCAAGCAUCAUAUUGUUACUUGUUUUCCACUCCUCCCAUGUUGCGCAAGUACGGGUUUCAUCUCGUUCUUUCUGGGGACCUGUAUAAAAAAUGUGAUCAGAUAAAACAUGCAAUUCGAACAUACAAAGGCGCUCUUUCUGUUUUCAAGGGAACUACGUGGAGGCACAUUAGAGACCAUGUUCAUUUUCACAUUGGGAAGUGGUAUGGUUUCUUGGGGAUCUUUGAUGUUGCUAUUAAAAAUAUGUUGGAGGUUCUAGCUUGUGGUCAUCAAUCUAAGACAACACAGGAGCUAUUCCUAAAGGAUUUCCUUCAGAUAAUUCAGCAAACAGGCAAAACAUAUGAGGUUCCAAAGCUUCAGUUACCAGUUAUCAACAUCCCUUCAGUCAAAGUGGUGUACGAGGAUCAUCGUACCUAUGCAUCCCAAGCAGCUAUUAAUGUUAAAGAAAGUCUUUGGCGAUCAUUAGAGGAAGACAUGAUUCCAACAUUGUCAAGUAAGAGUAAUUGGCUGGAACUGCAAUCUAAACUUUUGCCAAAGAAGUUGAAAGAAUCAAAUAUUUGUGUAGCUGGAGAGGCAAUUGGGAUAGCAAUUGAAUUCAAAAAUCCACUUCUAAUACCUGUUUCAAUAUCUGGUGUUAGCCUAAUUUGUGAACAUUCUCCAGUAGUAUCUGAACCUGAUGCAAAUAAUUCAAUUGGUGAUCAAAAUGGUGAGACAUCAAACAAAUCAGCUACUAGUGGGAAUUUUACUUCUGAUACAGCUCUAUUUACAUUAUUGGAGGCUGAUGUUGCCUUGGGAGAAGGUGAAACAGUACUGGUACAACUAACGGUUACUCCAAGAACAGAAGGUACUCUCAAGAUAGUUGGUAUAAGAUGGAAGCUGUCAGGUUCAUUGGCAGGAUUUUGUACUUUUGAUCCCGACUUAGUCAGAAAGAAAGUUGUGAAAGGAAACAGGAAAUCUAAACGAUCUACAAUCGAUAACCUGAAGUUCUUAGUCAUAAAGAGUCUACCGAAGCUCGAGGGCUUCAUUCAUCACCUCCCGGAAACAGUUUAUGUUGGGGAUUUGCGGUGUAUUGCUCUGGAGUUGAAAAAUCCAUCUAAAAUUCCGGUUAAAAAAUUAAAGAUGAAGGUCAAUCCUCCAAGGUUUCUCCAAAUUGGACACAAAGAAGAUCUGGAAGUUCAAUUUCCUGCUUGCUUGGAAAGAAAAAGUUCAAGACAAAGUUCUUUUAGGUCAAAGACUGAUAAAGUAUCGGAUGACAUCUUUCUGUUUCCUGAGGACACAGCAAUUGCAGAUGGAGCUCCAGUCUCAUGGCCUCUCUGGUUUAGGGCUGCAGCUCCCGGAAAAAUAUCUUUAUAUUUAUCAGUAUACUAUGAGAUGGGAGACAUAUCGAGUGUGAUGACAUAUCGUACCUUACGCUUGCACUUCGAUAUAGAGGUACUACCAUCUUUGGACGUGUCUUUCCAAAUCAGCCCUCGUCCAUCUAGACUGCGGGAGUUCCUUAUCCGAAUGGAUGUUGUCAAUAGGUCUAGCUCAAAAGGCUUUCAGGUUCACCAAUUGUCAUCUGUUGGAAAUGAAUGGGAGAUAUCAUUGCUCGAACCAACUAAGGUCCUCCCUUCAGAUUUUCUACUUGCUGGUCAAGCAAUUUCAUGGUUUCUCAAGCUCAAGAAUUGUAGGUCGGUAACUGAUAAAGACAGUGCUUCUUCUCUUUGCCCUCCGGAGAAGGCAGACAUCAACUUGCUAAGCGGCAGUGAAAUGCUGUUUGAUCUAUACAGCUCUCCCUUGUCUGAAUUUCACCAUUAUGAAAGAGUGCACCAGAGAAUGUCGGAUAAGGAGCACGACGACACAGUUGACUUUAUAUUGGUAUCCAGAUCGCAAAGUGAGGAGAAUAAAUGUGAAAAUGUUUUUUCACAUCACAUGUGUCACAACAGUGUCAGGACCAGUAGCCCAAUAUGGUGGAUUAUGGAUGGCCCUCGCACUGUAAAACAUGAUUUUAAGGAACCUUUCUGUGCGAUUACACUAAGGAUGAUUGUCCACAAUUCCUCCGAUGAUAUUGUGUCCGUACGCUGUAUUCCGUCUGAUUCCGCGGUCAGCAUCAGCUCAUCAGGAAAUGCAUCUGCAUCUUCUGGAAACGAAGUAGGCUGGCACGAUUUGUCACUGACGAAUGACAUUAAAAUCACAUCUGAUACCUCGGGGGCUCGAGUUGUGAAGCCAAUGUCGUCUGAUACAGUUCCGCCUUUCAUUUGGUCAGCUUCAAGUUCUACUCAUUUUACACUUGACCCGUUAUCUUCUAGGGAAACUCCUAUGGAAAUUUGUGUAUUCUCAACUGGCACAUUUGAUCUCUCAAACUACUCAUUGCACUGGAGUAUUUCAUCCCCGAGCGAUAAACGGAAAAAUGGAGACGAAUCGAGAGCUUCAUCGGGAACAUGCCAGGGCCAUCCAUUCUACAUAACAUUACUGAAACAAGAUUAAGAGAACUGCAUAUAAUGUUUGCUGUAUUUGAGAAGAGUGCAGUAAUUUUGUAACUUGUAAAUUGUGAUGUUCUUGUAUGUACACAGAAGUAGAAACUUCAGAAUCUG